AUGACAACGUCGACCCCUUCGCCCCCCGCCCUGGGUGUGUCUGACAGCCCGGCGGGAUCCCCUUUCGGGCCGGCAACUCCUCUCGGGGCGCUCAUUGAGGAGGAGCGCCACGAGCGCACCCCGUCCCCCCAGCUGGGCCCCGGCUAUGAGCGCCAUGAAAUCGAAGGAAUUGGCGGCAGGGUCAAGCGCAAGCUGGUCCGCAUGGUCCGCAUCGGCGCCUGCGUCCCCGAGUGGGACGACGAAAAGGGCCUCGGCGGCCGGGUGCUCGAGUCGGAAAUCAAGGGCUGUGCCCGGAGCUGGUGCGGCUGGUGCUGGAGAGUAGUUCCCGGCAAGAAGGACCUCAACGUGGACAAGGCUUCCUUGUUCAGCGGCUGCGGAAACCGCCAGUGCGCCCUGUAA